AUGAUGUGCAUUGAAUAUCAUUACAAAAACGAAAAGACGUACGUUCGUAUGCAAAAAUUAAAACCAAAAUGCAAGAAAGCAGCAAUUGCGCUACCUAUAGCUGCUGCUAUAGAACUAGUUGAUAAUUCUGUUAUAAAACUUCCUCGCAUUAUUCCUAAACCAAAAACUGGUGGGGUACUACCUUUGAUUCCGAUUUUUGGCGGAUUAUCGGCUACGGGAGCCUUAGCAGGAGGUGCAGCUGGUAUACUUAAAACUAUAAAUGAAAUCAAAAUGGCUAAAAAACAAUUUGCUGAAUUGAAGAGACACAAUGAAAAAAUGGAAGCUCUUUGUAUCGGAAAUGGGUUACAGUUUAAGCCUCAUAAAAACGGAUUUGGCAUUUUUGUAUCUAAAGAAAUAAAAAACUAG